AUGAGGCCUCAGUCCGAGGAAACCCCAAUACCAGCCCCAGAUGCCCCCAAUGGUGGAUUGACGGCCUGGUCAGGCGUGUUUGCCUCGUUUCAUCUCUUUCUCACCACCUGGGGAUUUUCCACCGCUUUCGGUGCCUUCCAGAGCUACUAUCAAUCCGAUCUGCUGCACUCACACUCUCCCUCCAGCAUCGCCAGGGUGGGUACCGUCAAUGCCUUUUUCCUUAUCUCCACCGGUGUCGUCGCUGGUCCCCUUUUCGACCGGGGAUACCUUCACCAUCUGAUGAUCGCCGGCUGUUUCCUGACCACUUUCGGGCUCAUGAUGUUGAGUCUGGCGACUCAGUACUACCAAGUAUUCCUCUCCCAAGGUCUCUGUUGUGGCCUGGGUAGUGGCUUGAUCUACGUCCCUGCCUUGUCGUUGGUCUCAACGCGCUUCACAACGCGACGCGGCAUUGCAGUUGGCCUGGUCACCUCAGGCGCGAGCAGUUUCAACGCUUACGGGAUUGCCAACUUUCUCAUGUUUAUGGCCUACUUCAUUCCCCUCUUCUACGUCCCUGCCUUUGCUUCUACCGCCCUCGGCACUUCCACCGAACUCAGUUUCUACAUGGUCUCCAUCCUCAACGCCGGCUCUGCCGUCGGCCGCAUUGGGUCUUCCCUGCUGACCUAUCGACUCGGCGCCAGUCACAUCCUACUCGCCAGCGUGAUUGCCUCGGCGGUGCUCCUUUUUGGCUGGAUUGGCAUCCACUCCGUCGCCUCGUUUGUCGUCUUCUGCGUGCUCUUUGGUAUCUUCUCUGGCGUGCUCAUCUCCGCGAAUCCGCUGGUUAUCGCCCACCCGGUAGUCUCGCCCACUCUUUCAGUGAUUGGGACGCGCAUGGGCAUGCAGUGGUUUGCAACCAGUCUCGGUGUGUUAAUUGGAGCGCCGAUCGCGGGUGUGCUUGAGGGUCACGGGGGAGACAAUGGCUUGCUCGGACUGCAGAUCUUCAGUGGAGCAGGGAUGACUGUGGGAGCAGCGUUUCUGCUAGUGCCCAUGAUGGCAGUCUGGCGAUACGAUCGUAUACAAAACAAGGCGUGA